AUGCAGGGACCUUGAUGCGCAGUGUCAGCACAAAGAACCCCAUUCAUCCCAUUAUAAUGUCAUUACUAUAUGUGAAAUGGGAUUUGGCUAAUUAAGUAAAAGACACAGACGCACAGAUGGAUACCUCGGUGGUUUGACUUUACAUCGAGAGGCGAAAACAACAAUAGCUAAGACUUGGACUGUUUUCUCCCCCUCAGCCAGGCGCCAUAUGCACGCCUCCAGACGACCCAGAGGACCGGACUGCCUCUCCUCGGAGUUUAUCACAGGCGGUUGACAAUCUCUAAAGUCUAGAACUCGUGUAUAGGCCACUGGUUUUUAGGACUAAGUGUGCAUCACAACCCGGUGAACAUGUAGAAAUGGAUUUUAUGAAGCUGUUUGGCACCGUUAUCGCCGUUUUCUUCCACCCUGGAUCCGCGUCUAAAAUAAAUGGCCAAAGGAUCUGUCGUCGUGGGACAGAGCGCCCAUGCUACAAGGUGUCCUACAUCCAGGACAGCAGGCGGAGGCUGACCUUUGAGGAUGCCAGGCAGGCCUGCAGGUUGGAUGGAGGCGACUUGCUCAGUAUUGAAACAGAAAGUGAGCAGCGGCUGAUGGAGAGGUUCAUACAACAGCUGCAGGCUGGAGAUGGAGACUUCUGGAUCGGGCUCCGCCGCACCCCACAGCUCUACAGGGCAGGGACCGCAAACCCAGGUUGCCCUUCGCAGUACUAUUGGCUGGAUGGAAGCAAGGCCAAGUUCAGGAAUUGGCAUUGGGAUGAACCAUCGUGUGGUGUUGAAAUGUGUGUGGUUCUGUACCACCAGCCCUCUGCACCACCCGACGAAGAAGGUCAUUUCCUGUUCCAGUGGAACGAUGACAACUGUAACUCCAAGAACAACUUUGUCUGCCAAUACCGAGAAGAAAAACAACCAGUCUUUACUGAGAAAGGGAACAAAGCACAUGCAGUUCCAUCUCUAAGGCCACAUGUGUUCUCAACUACAGAAAGUGAUAAGAGGAUAAAAACAGGACUACCUGAGUCAUCAGUAUCUCUCUCAGACAACAACCCCUAUGUUUCCUACAUCCUUUAUGCAACGAUUCCGACUCUGCUGCUGAUGCUGUUUGUAGCUGCUGGCUUCUUCUGCUACAAACAGCAUGCUAAGAGGAGGAAAACAGAAACAGAAAGUUACCCCGGCGGAUCAAAACCCUGGAUGUCAAAGACAGCUUCAUCUAAUGCCGUACAAGGGCCUUACGCCUUUAGUGACAUUACCAAACUGCCUCACACUGCUCUGGGCAGCAGCGUGUCGGCAGACAUCAUGACAAAGUACUCCUGUGCUCCUUCCCAGGACUCUCAGUGUGACGAUUAUGAGAAUGUGUCACGCGUGGACAGGGAGACCGGCUUUGUGACCAAUGACAUCUAUGAAACCUGCAGAGCUCAGAAUCGACAGACUGGUUGGGUGGAAAAUGAGAUCUAUGGAUGACCUGAUGAUGCCGAACUGAUCUCUGUGAGUGUCCGUCAGCCUCUUACCAGCUAUCAAAUGUGACGCAGCUACACAAAGGAACACAAUGUUCUCCAUCCCUUUUUUCCUUCACACCCUACUGGUUACUCUUGUUAUACAGGAUUACUUAACACAUGGUUGUGUUGUGUGUUGUCUUGGACUAAGAACUAUAUCCCAAUAACGUAUCACCUGUGUAUAUCUUCAGUGUGGCAUCCUGAGCAUCCAGCUUCCAAGGCUGCAAGUCAAAUAAAUGCAUAUUUUGGA